AGCUAGAUUCCCCUGUACUGCACAUGUCCCAUGGCUCCUGGUUCUCCAGCCUCCCUUCCUCUGUGUGUAUGUCUGCUGCUGGCCUCUGGCUUUGCCCAGCAGGCAGGCAGGCUGCUGGUGGUGCCCAUGGAUGGGAGCCACUGGUUCACCAUGCAGUCAGUUGUGGAAAAGCUCAUGCACAGAGGGCAUGAGGUGGUGGUAGUCGUGUCAGAGGUGAGUUGGCAACUGGGAAAAUCCGUGAAUUUUACAGUGAAGACGUAUUCAAUUUCUCAUACUCUGGAGCAUCUGGACCAUAAAUUCAAGGUUUUCAGAGAUACUCACUGGAAAACACGGGGCAGUAGCAUAUUUUCUCUAUUACAACAUUCAUCCAGUGAUUUAUUUGAAUUGUGUUUUUCUCAUUGUAGGGAUUUGUUUAACAACAAGAAGUUAGUGGAGUACUUGAAGCAGAGUUCUUUUGAUGCUGUGUUUCUGGAUCCUUCCGAUGUGUGCAGCUUGACUGUUGCCAAGUACUUGUCGUUCCCGUCCGUGGUCUUCGGCAGCGGAAUAUUGUGUCACAAUCUUGAAGAGGGUGCCCAGUGUCCCAGCCCCAUCAGUUAUGUUCCCAGAAUUCUCUCGAAAUUCACAGACACCAUGACUUUCAAGGAGAGAGUGCAGAACUACCUCUCCUACAUGGGGGAGCGUGCAUUUUGCCCAUUUUUCAAAACUGCUAUGGAAAUUGCCUCUGAAAUUCUCCAGACCCUAGUGACUGUGGAUGACUGUGUCAGCCAAGUUUCCAUUUGGUUGUUACACACUGACUUUGUGUUGGAGUUUCCCACACCUGCUAUGCCCGAUAUGGUCUUUGUGGGCAGGAUCAACUGCCACCAGGGAAGGCCACUUUCCAAGAAAACACUGAAGAUAGCAAGUAUCAGAUCCCUGGUGAGGGACUUGGUUGACCAGGCAACACCCAUUGCCCAUUGCUCUGAGAGUCUCACCACAGGUGCUGCUGCAUCAGCUGUCCUGGUAGCUGAACCUGCACUGCGUGCUGGGAGCAUACCCAGAGCCAUUGAGCUUUGGACUCAAGAAAAAGACUUUGCGUGA